AUGAAUCAAACCAUCGGUCCCGAUAGCUGCUUCCCAAAUCUCACCGCAGCACAAGUCAAAGAAUUGCAGAAAAUAAAAUCGAAGGCUCUGUUUCCCGUUUAUCGCCUUUACUUUGCAUGGAUUCCGCUACCGCUGAUUGUUGUUGCGCUUUUGCUGACCAUUCUGUUCGCGUUCGUCUCGUAUGAAGCGAUUAAGUGUCGUCGAGUCAGUCGAAAAUGCUACAUUUUCAUAAUCAAUCGAGCCAUUGGUGACAUUCUAUCGUGCGUAUUCUUUUUGCUAUGUGCAAUCCACUUGCUUACAACCGAUCAAGAGAACUUCAAUAUACACAUAUUCAUUGCGUUGGUGAUACUGUGCGGUGGAUGUUUAUGGACUGCGAUGGUAUCGUACGUUAGUUUGAGCCUGAUCAAACUAUACGCCGUCUAUAAGCCGCUGAACUAUCGAUCAACAUUCAGUACGAAGCGAUGUAUGCUUUUGAUAGCAAUCGGGUAA